AUGUCUAGGACCGAUUUCAUUAUACUAGUGGAUAUACGUAUAAAGAAGCCGUUUGCGAUGUGUUUAAUACUUAAAAUUGUUACGUAUAAUUAACGGUUUUAAGUAGUUUGUUUCUUAAUUAAGUUUUUAAAUUGUUAGCUUUAAAUUGGGUUUGUGUAUAUCUAGCAGGAAAACAUAGUAGUUUUGAUGAAUGGUUUAUAGCUAGGGAGUACUUCUGUACAAAGGCCGGGCUCGAUUUUUCGGCCCGUCAAGGGACUGAGCUUAGGUUUGCGCUUCUGCGCUUGGGCUCACGUUGCUAGCUCGGCUCGACCCUUUAUAUAAAUUCCUUGAAGGCUUAGUAAGCCCUUUUCUUUUUAGGAUUUUAUAAAAAUUAACAGUGAAUUUUUCUACUUCACACUAUACAUUACCCUACCUAGUUUUAUCGUAUCCUCCGUCAGGUCACGGUGGUAAAUUUUUAAAAACUUUUUUUUUAAUUUAAAAGCUACUGUAGAUGGUGGUAUUAUUCUUCGCUAAAGAAUAGAAUGUAGCAUCUUUGUCAAGUCGUCAUUCUAUUGUCAUUUAGUAUAAUUUUUGACAUUUUUGGAUUUUGUAAUACACUACCGUUAAUUGGUUUUAUACAAGCAUUUGUCUCUGUCUUGUGGUAGCACUGUGUUAAUUAUAGCCUGUAUAGUUUUGUGUAAAUUGCAACAGCUAACUCUAAAAAUCUUUUUACUGAUACAAAAUGACUCUCAAGCCUUUAUAGGUUUAUACUUUUUUACUUUUCGUAUAAUUUUUUAGACGUACAUAUAAUACAUAAUAUUGUGGAUUGUUUUAUGUACUAUUAUAUAUACUUACUACAUGACCAUGACCAUGUUGUAGAAAAUUUAACAAAUAUACAUUUUAGCUGAGACGUCACCAUCGAGUCGUCACUACCGUCCGUAUCAAAACUCUCAAUACCCACAACAACAACAACCGGCUUUAAACCCAAACUUUCAAGAAUUUCCGUACGCCGACCGACGGGCAUCGUUAAGUCGACAAUAUUCGGGUGACACCGACUAUUUUCAACUUAUUGACGAUCUUAUUAACGAAGACGUAAGUUUUUCUCAUGCGGAGCCUUGUUUUGGGCCUUGGACCUAGUGGGCUGUUUUUUAUUGGCUUUAUAAGAAAGGAAUAGGUACUAAAAACGUUUUUUACUAAAAAGACUGGGGCAGUCUCUAAUGUGUGCUAUACCAAAAGUUGAAGUAAAUCUACAAUUUGAAGUAAAUUUGAAAUACUUUUGGCAUACCAUACAUUGAUCCGGAUUAAACGAGAGUCUAAUCUACCAACCUGAAUUCGAACCCAAUUGGUAUGCACGUGAACACAGGGUUUAGGGCUUCUUCAGUAAAUAACUUGGCGGGAUAAGGAACAGUUUAAAGUUUAAUGUUACGGGGACUCUGAUCCUUCUAUAGUACAGAAUAUGUAAUACAAUAGAACUCUUGUAUUAAGCGCUUGGAAGUUUGCAAUUUGUUUUUUAUAAAUGUGCUUUGUUGUACAGUAGUUUUAUCUUAUAGUAUACUAAAAUACCAGCAGCAUUUAUAGUAACUCUAUUAUUAGACAUACGAUUUUAGAUUGAUACAAAAACAAUCACGCAAUAUAUAAAUCAAAGUGUUCAUCUUUUUUUGUACAGUAAUUAGUAAUUACCAUAUAAGCUUACUCUAGCCUAUAGUUUACUCUAGCCUAUAGUUUAGUCUAUCAACCCGCAAUUCCACAUAAUUACAAGGAAUGUGCACUUUUGAACGAAAAAGUUAAAAAUUUUGUAAUUUCAAUUAGCUUUCCCGCGGAUUAUACAUCCUUAUGAUGUGGAGUGCUUUCUGUCGAAUUUAUAUGACAUUUUGUGGUCGAACUACUGUUAAAGUGCACGUUGCGUGCCGCCGCUUUUUCUCGACGAGAUUUGCAGUUUUUGUGCUAUGUCGUCGACUGUCUGAGCUGGUUUUAUAAUGUACAUUAGGUCGAAUGGUAAUGUAGAUUGGGCUGGUUGGAAUGGUUGUGUAUUUUGUGUAGUUGUUGGACCGUUACCUAUAGGCUUGUAGACUAAAAAGUUGAGUUUGGCUUGGUUUCUUUUUAAGUCCAGGGUAGGGUAAUUUUUUAAAGCAUAUAUUAAAAAACGUUAGCAAUGAUUAUUCACUACAAACGUGUUGGUAAAUAGUACGGUUAUGUUCUGCUGCGUGCUUGUGUCCAAUUUUGUACAAAUUAUAUCAUUUUCCAAAUUUGAGUCAUGCCGUUUUUUGAGUUUUGUAUUGAAAUUUGGAUGCAAUAUACAGUAUAAUGUCACAUUUUUGGGUUUUGUACGAAUUAUAUCACUUUAAUUAGUUUUUAUUGCAAAAUGUCAUAAUUUAAAAUUUUGUUUACCGGGCGGUUUUUAGUUAGCAAUUUAGAUUUUACAGUAAUUUAAUUUACUCUACUCUAGAGAGCCGUUUUUUAAAGCUACCGUAUCUCUUAUUAAGCUCUGAACUUUUCAAACCCAAACCACGUGCACUUAACCACACUGUAAGAGAUAAAACGUUUACAGCACUAUAAUUAGCACCUUCAUUCACGCCGCACUCUUUGGCAUUUGGCCAGGUAUGUGCGUAUUUCACGAAUGUCGUCAUCAGCGUAUCAUCCGCACUUUUCAAGACGGUGUUAAUUGUUUCUAAUUAUGCCAAAUGUCUGAACACAGACCCACAAAAACACAACGUAUGGCUAGGGUUUGGGCUAGGGUUAAUGGGAAUGACGUCAAAAUUCAACGAUAUAAUUAUUACACCUAGGUUGCCAUUUUGGGAGUUUUUGCAUAUUGUACAUGUAUAUUAGGUUAGGAAUAGGCCAGCACCACAUAGUUAAAAGGGAGUUUUUGGGAUGGAUGUAAGACUAUAUCUUGGUAUGAUUUAAAUGAGAUAAGUCAUUAUAACUUGUGGGUGUGAUAGAAGCUUGGAGUAAAGUAAGGCUAAAAUAGGUUUAGUUUAGGCGUAGAAAUAGGGCUAGGGUUAGAGCUAGAGCUAGAGAUAAAGCUAGAGCUAGAGUUAGAGCUAGAGAUAGAGUUAUAACUAGAGCUAGAACAAAAGCUAGAGCUACGUAUAAAACGCAAUAAAAAUUCUUAUCAUGCUAAAUACGGUAACAUUUGUAGCUUAAAGUUAUUCUUCUUAACAUGACAUCAAAAAUUUUUAUAUCAUGCACUUUGUAGUACCUAUACUUUUAUAUAUUCUUUCGUGUACUUUAAGGUAUGUCUUACAUACACGGUGUACUUUACCUGUAUAUGCUCUUACAUACACGUUGUACUUUUUACCUUUACAUCUUCUUACAUGGUGCACUUUUACGGUUAAUAUAAUUAUAAAAGCAUGGUAAAGACCGAUAUUUUGUAUUUCGUGCGCUUUAAAGUAUGGUGUACUUUUAAAAGAUGUCUUGGCUAGACAUUUACUUGCUUUUUAUAUUCUGACUUUGUACGAAAAGGGUGGAAUUUAGGUAUAGGUGUGGGUGACGGGCUCAGUUUUGAGUUAGAGUUGGUUUUAAAAAUUAUUUCUUCUUUUAUUGUUAGGUUGUUCAAAUAACUAUGCGCCCUCUUGCUUUACAACUUUGCUUUGAAACGGGGCACAGAAUUAUAUAAACAGUUUAUUAUUUUUAAGUUAAAUAGGUUGAGCUUCUGAUUACACUUAUAGUUUUGUUUUAUUUUUUGUUUUUUCAAAAAUUUUUAAAAUUAUUUAAAAAUGUUUUCAGCGUCAGAGCGGUGACAAUCCAUCAGUUUUGAAAAACGAACUUGAAAGUACUCAUUCAGUGCAACCAGAGCAACGCAUACCUGAACAACCUAGCGGUCGGUCUGCUUACUUUCGCCACGAACGCGUAAGUUCAAUCUUAAUGUUUGUUAGGUAAAGUAGAGUAGUUUUUUGUCAAGACCUUGAUUUAGCUUGCAAUCUUAUACUGUACUUUUUGCAAUGCCUUUGAAAUAAGGUACAAAGUUUAACAUUUCGAACACCAAGUGCAACAAAAACAUGUUUUUUUCUUAAAGCACACAAUAACAAACAAUUCAUUUUGUAGUGCAGUUUUGGUAUGGUUUAACCGUAUAUUUUUAACUUACAAUAUCUCGUUUUAGGAAAGCAUGAAGCCCUCAACAUCUACCUCAAAAACCCCAAAAGAAGAACCAGGACCAAGUGGUACCGCGUUAGUUCGGGCCGCAGCUUUAAAACUGGAGCCGGAAAGCUCGAACGCUUUUAAGUUGUUAAUGAAUCAGCAACAAGUUGCGGGAAACGCGUACAAUACUUUAUUAGGCCGGUACGGUUUGGCCGUUGUGUGGUGA